CCGGUAUUCAAUUGGUGAUGUUUCACUUUCCUGGGAUAUGUGCAAUAUGACUAAUUUUGUGAGUUAAACAUUGAAGAGAUGCCAGCAGUUUUUAAAAGUCACAUUCCCACUUGGCUUUUUCUCAUAAUCACUGUUGCAAGCAAGAUUACUGAGAUCACCGUAACAAUAAAAAUAAGGGGGGCAUAGUGUCUUGGUUUAGUCUGGGGUUUUGGAAGAUUUUUUCUUUUGUUUUUCUUAAUUUUGCACUGGACAGCAUUUAUGCAUUUGUAUAUGGUUAAUGUCUCUGCUUGCUGUUUAUAAGCAGUUUCUUCCCAGAAAAUAUAUAAAUCUGUGUCUGCUUAACAGUAGAAGCACACCACAAAUGAGACUGUGGGGGCGGUGGCUGAAAAGUGGAAACGGGAUAGGGUCAAGGACUGAACCUUGGGUCCACCCCUUUCUGCUUACUGUGGUUCUGCUCUUCCAUUUUCUUCCUCUCCUUUUUGGGAGAAACUACUGAACUUGGAAGGAAGUCUUCACGUUUCCAUAGUCAUGGCAUUCUUUUCUUCCCUAACCCCAGUCUUUAUAGCCAUUAUAUGUGUUUUGAUUGGAGCACUACUGAAAAAGAUUAAUGGAGAGAAGGAAAAAAGUGAGACUAAAAGCAAGCCUCUAUCUCGCCCAUGGGUGGAUGAAGAUUUGAAAGAUGGCAAUGACCACCGCUUAGAGGAAGAAGAGGCUGACGAAGUGUGGCAAGGACUUGAUGAAAAUGUUGCUCAUGUCCCCUUCUUCGCAGAGCAUUACUCUGAGGCUGAAAUGAUUAAAAGGUCACAGAUGUUUUACGAACUUCUUAAUAAGAGGCGGUCUGUCAGGUUUCUCAGUGAUGAGCCAGUCCCCAGGGAGGUUAUCGAUAAUGUCAUCAGAACAGCAGGUACUUCACCCAGUGGAGCGCACACUGAGCCCUGGACCUUUGUGGUAGUGCAAGAUCCGUGUUUAAAACAUAAGAUUCGUGAGAUUGUAGAAGAAGAAGAAGAAAUCAACUACAAAAAAAGGAUGGGAGACAGAUGGGUUAAUGACCUGAAAAGAUUCAGAACAAACUGGAUCAAGGAAUACUUGGAUACUGCUCCAUAUCUGAUUCUCAUUUUCAAGCAGAUAUAUGGGAAGCUUCCAAAUGGCAAGAAGAAGACCCACUACUACAAUGAAAUCAGUGUUUCUAUUGCCUGUGGUAUCUUGCUUGCUGCACUGCAGAAUGCGGGUCUGUACACUGUGACCUCCACACCCCUCAACUGCGGCCCCCAGCUCCGGGUGCUGCUCCAGCGCCCAGCAAAUGAGAAGCUGCUCUUGCUGCUCCCCAUUGGUUAUCCCAAGAAAGAUGCUACUGUGCCUGCACUGACCCGAAAGCCGCUGGAAGACAUCAUGGUCCUCAUGUGAGCCCAGCGCCAUGACGAAGGAGCACAUCACUGCUGCCAGUCAGUGAGCAGCAGCCCCCUGAAGUUGUCACUGCUGUUUCUGUGUGUCAUCCUCCUACGUCACUGCUGCUUUGGCUAUUUACACUUGUGUUUCUUUUAGUGCUAGUCAUCUUCUAAUAGCAGUGAGCAGUCAAGCACUGUGUGUUUGGCAGGUGCUAUUGCCAGUGAGCCCAGGCGGUUGUUCCAGGGGACAUGUACAAUGGCAUUUAAGUGACCUUCAUCACUCGAUUAUUCUUACGCAUUGUAGGGACAAUUAUUUCCUUGAACUGGAAAAUAUAUUCUCCUGAUACUUUUAUGAUUACCAUUACACAGUUAUUUUCUCUUCAGAAUUUUAAUGGAGGUUGUAUUAAAAGAUAUAAAGAGGUCAAACUCAGCUGUCUUCUCUUGAUCAGUGUAUGCUGUUUUAAUGCCCCUUCCCCAUCACCGUGUUCAGUUCUGUGUAGGAGGAAGCUAUUUUUCUCAUAUAAGGUAUCAUUUUUCCUACUUGAUUGAUCUCAAAAAUCUUGUCUAUACCAGGCUUUCUUUAACUAUUGCUUGUACAAGUGUCUUUAGCUGGGGGAGAUCUAGUAGGAACAAGGCAUCCAAGUAAUUUCCUUGUUACCAUUCAUUUAUACAUGAUCCAGGCAAAGUUAGAUCAUAUGGCAGCUAUCAGUCAUGCCCCCUAUAUUUACUGCUUCCACUGGAAGCAGCCCAAAGGGAAUUACUAUUCUGGUUAUCCUGUUUAUAGCUACAACUAUGCCAGUUCAACACCCUUAUAUUUAAACUGCUUUAGAGACCCUGAGAAGUGAGAGAUGCUUUCAUGUAGCACCAAAUGAGGCAUAUUUCAGUUUAUUUUAAGGCCGCUUCCCACAAAAGCAGUGCUCCCUAUUUAAAGCCUUGUCCACAGGCGAGAUGUGGAUGGGCACUAGUGGGAGCUGCUCACUGUAAGGGUUGAUGCUCCUGAUACCUGCGCUGCCAGAGCCCCCUCGUGGGGUUGCUGUUCCUGCUGGCUUUGCAAGCAGCACAAGAUGAAAACACUGAAUGAGAGAUAGAUAUCCUUUGCUGAAGCUGUGUGCUGUGAAAUACUUUCCCACCCUGCUCUCUGCUGUAUGUAACUUCAGGCAAAUUCAGCCAAAUUGCCUUCAGCCUUCCUUGGGGGUUGCUCAAGUCAACUCACUGCACCUUGUCUGAAGUCAGACCUAUUUGACAUGAUCUGUUGUCCACCGAGCAGGUAGAGGGGAUAACAUUUUGUAGAGCUUUUUGCAGUGUCAAUGCCUCUGUCACCCAAUGAGAAAAACUAUUUUCCUCUUUGGCAAGCCAUUUUGCUGGUAUUUAGCAGGCAUAGCUAUGUGUUCACCUGUGUUCUAGCCCCAUUUCACAUCAUCAGUGAUCCAGCAACGGCAGGAAGUUUCUCAUGCAGACCUAGUCUGAAAUGAGCUUUUAUAACUACAGAAAAAUAAAAAAAAGGAGAAGUCCUGUGUCUACACGCUUGCAAGGUCUAAAAGCUGGUCAGGGAGAGAGGCAUGAUCUGAACCAUGCCAAGGCUGACCAGCUGCAGAUCCCCAGUUGUCAGGAAUGCGUAUUAAAUAUGCCGUAACAAGUUUUCCUUCUGUGCAUAUGCUGCUCUGCCAUAUCAGGCCCCUUUGCAAAGCAGUUCACACCGGCUGUAAAUGUAUACAAGCCUUAUGCAAAGUUUGUUCUAAUUCAGAGGUCACAUCAACAGCGAACUGAACCUCUGUCACUUUGCAAUCAGUCCUGUAACUACAAAAAUAAACUUAUUCUGCCUGGCCUCAGUCUGCAAAAUAGAUGGCAUGUGACAGCACUCAGAGAAGCUUUACCUAAUGAAUUCAGCUUCAAACAGCCAUACUUGCACAUAUAAGGAUAUUUCUAGUAUGGUUUCAGAAUUUUAAAAAAACAAACAACAACAACAACAACAAACACACAAAAAACCUAAACCAUUUUAAAAAUAUAUGAAAAAUUGUCACAAUAGCAGACAUUGGUGUAUACCAAUACACUUUUUUAUACCAAAGAAAAUAAAUGGUGUUUUUCCACCCCAUGUGUUGACUCCAGUAACUAAUAUACACAUAGUAGCUGAAAAAACUAAGUCCUCACACCUACUAGAUAGGAAAGAUUCCACCCAGGAAAACAUUUCUGGAAUUACAAGAUAGAAGUAAAAGAAGCAUUUUUUUUCGUCCUAUGUAAAUGGUUAUUCAAGCACAUAUACUCCGGUGGUAUCACAAUUGCUGAUGAUACUGCAGAGCCUCAUAUAAAUCACGUUAGCACUCCUGUUGUGAUAAGCCUACUUGGAAUUGCCACUGUUAUCUAAUAAGUGUGUUGUCUUUAUUUAAAAACCAGAAGAAAUAAUAAUGAAUUUUGCCUUUUCAUACAGAACAUUAUUAAAUAAAAUUACGAUUAGCAUUUAAAUUGUUUUACUCUUUUU